UUACCCCAAAAUCUGAAAUGGGUAGUGGUCAUCAAGGUAGUGGUGGAGGUGGUAGUGGUCAUCAUCAUCAUCGAAAUAAUAAUCAUGGUGAAUCAAAACCAUAUAAAUGUACACAAUGUACAAAAUCAUUUGCUAAUUCCAGUUAUUUAUCACAACAUACUCGUAUACAUUUGGGAAUAAAACCAUAUCGUUGUGAAAUAUGUCAAAGAAAAUUUACCCAAUUAUCUCAUUUACAACAACAUAUCCGAACACAUACUGGUGACAAACCAUAUAAAUGUAGACAUCCAGGCUGUCAAAAAGCCUUUUCACAAUUAUCAAAUUUACAAUCACAUUCUCGUUGUCAUGCUAGUGAUAAGCCAUAUAAAUGUAAUUCAUGUUAUAAAUGUUUUGAAAGUGAAACAGCUCUCUUAGAUCAUAUACCAAAACAUAAAGAUUCAAAACAUUUAAAAACGCAUAUAUGCAGUUUUUGUGGUAAAAGCUAUACACAAGAAACAUAUUUACAGAAACAUGUUCAGAAGCAUAUUGAAAAAGCUGAAAAACAAUCACGUAAUUCCAAUAAUAAUAAUAUCACAAAUGCUGGCGGUAGUUCAAAUAUUGUUAACGGUAAUACUGGUACAAUAAAUAUAAAUAAUAAUGCAGCGCUGGCCGCUGCUGGUUUAGGUUAUUGGCCAAAAGUAAGUACUGAUAGUGCUGCAGCGGCAACAUUAGCAGAAGCAAUGCAACAACAACAUCAAAAUGGUUAUGAUUUUGCAUUAGUAGCAGCACAACAACAACAACAACAGCAACAGCAACAACAACAACAAAAUGAAUUACAGGCUCAUCAUCGUAGUUUAUUAGAACAACAAAGAAGUAGUAGUGGUCCAAAUACAAAUGGUAAUUCUAAUUCAAAUGAAGAAGGUGAAGAUUUAAGACAAAAUUCAAGUACAAAUGGUGGUGUACAACAACAUUUAGGUCAACAACAAAAUUCACCACAAACAGUUGUAGUAAGUUCGGCUGCUGCAGCAGCAGCUAUUGCAGCUGCAGCACAAGCUCAAGUAAAUGGAAUUGUUGCUGGUAAUUAUGAUGCUAGUAGUAUUACAAAAACUACAACAAAUUCAGCAUUUACACCAAUUAAUACAAUACCAUCACAUAUAAAUGGUUUAGGACAUCAUCCAAUGACACAACGUCCAUAUUUAUAUGAUGCAUUACAAUUUCAAACAAAAAAUGCUGUAAAUCAGAACGCUGCAAAUGCAUUCCCAAAUCAAUUAAUAUCAUUACAUCAAAUUAGAAAUUAUGCUCAUCAACCUGGUGCAACAACAGCUGGUUUAAUGGCUGGGGAACAUUUAUUAGGUAUUAAUGUUGGUGGACCUGGUAAAGAUAAAGGACAAUAGAAUAGGAUGACAUUAACACAAAAACAUGAUAAAAGAAAAUUUUAUUAAUUUUAUUUAAAAUGCACGUAUAUACACACAAAAACAAAAAUAUAAAAAUGAAAAUGCACACUAAUUAAUUGAGACACAUUAAUAUUAAUAUACAAA